AUGAUGAUGAUGAUGCGCCGUGUGAUGUGUGUGUUGGCCGUUGUGGUGUGCUGUGCCUGCGGGUAUACCAUGACGGCUGCUGCUGGUACUACUGUUGCUUCUCCUGGACAACCAAAGGCGGUGAUGGCCUUUUAUGCUAUUCCUGAACAUCGAACUAUUGAACGACUGCAGAACGAACAGAUAAUGCGAGAGAAGUGUUUGAAGAAGGAUUCUACAGUUAAUGUAGAAAUGUGUAAGGAGUUGGGAAUCGAUUUGAAUGCUGAACCGGAACCGAAGCCAUCCCUUCCCUCGCGAGAAGGACUUGGUACAUCUGGUCUACCAAAUAAGCAUGAUGAUGUUGAAGUGAGUGUUCAACGGUCAGAGGGUCCAGCAACAGCUAGUUCAGAAGAGACUCCUGAUCCGGCUGGGGAGUUACGCAAUGAUUCUCACACCACCACUAUGGAGGACAGUAGUAAGUCUACAAAUAGGGAAAAACAAAAUAUGGCUCCAAAACCUGAGAGUUUACCCAGUGGUACUGAGGAAGCAGGGAGUACGUCUUCUUCAGGUUCUGCAGGAACACCGAGCAACACAUCUGAAAACAGUACACCUGUCAACCCUAAUCUUACCCAGCAAUCAUCUACUCCAAAUGUUGAUGCAACUGCAACACCAGACUCACAAGAAACAAAUACCACUAUUCAGUCAAGCACCGAGAAUACUGUCAGUGAAGAACCAACCGCCACUUCUUCUCUUGACUCUAAUCUUACCACGCAAUCUCCUGCAAAUGUUGAUGUGACUGUCGCAUCAGACGCAGAAGAAACCAAUUCCACUACUCCGACGAACCCCGACAACACUACCACAGAAGCACCAACCACCACUCCAUCUCCUGUUCCUGUACCCAAUGCAGAGAUCACCAAUAUUGCCUCCACUGUACAGAACAAGGCUAAUGUUGACAGUAGCAGUAUCAGUUCUGUGUGGGUGCGCACUGCAGCACCGCUCUUGAUUGUGGUUGUGUUGUUCUUCUUUACCGUGUACUAA